UCUUCUUCGUCCCCAGAAGGAAACACACAAGAUUUCCUUUUGAAAACAGCUUAAAAAUGGCUCUCGAUCUCACUUCCGCUAUUCCCAUGACGACCCUACUCCUCUUCCUUCUAAUCCAAUCGCCUCUCGCAUCGUCAUUCCCCCUCACCGUCACCGACGACGCACCGUCAGCCUACGAAGUCCUCCAAGCCUACAACUUCCCCGUCGGUCUUCUCCCCAAAGGGGUCGUGAAGUACGAUUUAGACGAAUCCACUGGUCGAUUCCAUGCCUAUUUAAAUGGUACGUGUAGUUUCUCGUUGGAAGGAUCUUACCAACUCAAAUACAAAUCGAAAAUCAGCGGAAUCAUAUCCAAUAACAAGCUCCAAGACCUUUCUGGGAUCAGCGUCAAGGUCUUCUUUCUAUGGCUCGACAUCGUGGAGGUUAUUAGAGAUGACGAUGAGCUGGACUUCUCGGUAGGGAUUGCCUCUGCAAGCUUUCCAAUUGAUAACUUUUAUGAGUGUCCGCAGUGUGGAUGUGGACUGGAUUGCGUUGAUGGGAAAGUAAGCAAGCUUAGAGUUAAGCCUUCUUUUGCUUCGAUUUAGAGGAAUUUCUAG